GGGGGGGGUCUGGGAGGGGCUCGUUAGGGGCACGGCAGCCUGAGCGGAAUCACGAUGCCGUUCAGUGGCCGGGGAUCCCGCUGUGGGCAGGCCCAGCGCGAGGAUGCGAGUGUUUCACUUGGAUACAUUUCCUUUGAUACAAAGUAACAAACUCCGUGUUUGUUGCUACCUUCCGCUGGAGACCCCUCGCUUCUCUUGCGGUUCAAACCCCCUCCAACCUUAGAUUUUCUUUUUAAAGCACCUGCCUUGUUGUUGUUGUUGUUUUGUCAGUGUUUCCUCUCUCUCUCUCUCUCACGCCCCCCGCGGGUUUUUAUUUUUAAUCAGCCAGCCUUGUUUCAUGGCUCCCCGCCUCCUGAGUGUCUGAGUUGUCCCUCCCGCGGGUUUGGGGGAAGUGUCCCGGCUCCCAGCUCGCUCUCUCUCUCUCUCUCCCCCCCCCCAGCCCCCGGGAUGGGGUCUGUCCGAAAUGGCCUUCGCCGGAGUGACACGUACGUUCUGGCCGUCGAUGUUGGCUCCACGUCGGUCAGGUGCCACGUGUAUGACCCCGCCGCCAAGAUCAAAGGGUCGAGUAGUCGGCCGAUAAACAUGUUGUAUCCAAAGCCUGGUUGGGUGGAAGUGAAUCCAGAAGAGAUGUUUGAACAAUUUGUUGCUGUUGUUAAGGAAGCGGUUGAAGAUUCUGGAUUGAAUAUUAAGCAGAUGGUGGCCCUUGGCAUUUCAACACAGAGAGCAACAUUUGUCACUUGGGACAAGACAACAGGAAGACCCUUUCAUAACUUUAUCUGUUGGCAAGACCUACGAGCAGUUGACCUUGUCAGAUCGUGGAACAAGUCAUUUUUACUUUGGGUGGUUCAUAAAUCCAGUGGAUUACUCCAUUUUCUGACCAGGAAGAAGCGCUUCCUAGCUGCGAGUGUGAUCCAUUUCUCUACCCAGCAUGUAUCCAUUCGUCUAGCCUGGGUUCUCCAAAAUAUCAAGCAGGUUCAAGAUGCUGUUAUUGAAGAAAACUGCUGUUUUGGAACCAUCGAUACAUGGUUGCUAUACAAAUUGACUAAAGGUGCUGUUUAUGCUACAGAUUACUCCAAUGCAAGUACUACAGCAAUGUUUGAUCCUUAUCAGUUGUGUUGGAGUAAAUUCCUUGCAAACCUUCUUUCUGUGCCUGUGUCCAUCCUCCCUCCUGUGAAGGAUACCAGUUGCAAUUUUGGAUACACCGAUGAAAGUAUAUUUGGAAUCCCUAUUCAGAUAAUGGCUUUGGCAGCAGAUCAACAGGCAGCCAUGUUUGGGGAGUGCUGCUUUGAAACAGGAGAUGUGAAGCUCACCAUGGGAACAGGCACUUUCAUGUCUAUCAAUACUGGAACCAAGCCACAUGCUUCUGUAACAGGCCUUUAUCCAUUGGUUGGAUGGAAGAUUGGGUCUGAAAUUAUAUACAUAGCCGAAGGAAAUGCUUCUGAUACUGGUAAAGUAAUCCAAUGGGCCCAGCAGCUAGGUUUAUUCUCUGAUGUUGCUGAAACUGAAAACAUAGCACAGGAAGUCCCCAGUUCAGAUGGUGUGUUCUUUGUCCCAUCAUUCAGUGGAUUACAGGCUCCUUUAAAUGACCCAAAUGCUUGUGCAUCAUUUUUGGGACUGAAACCUUCAACGACCAAAAUUCAUCUGGUGCGAGCAAUACUGGAGUCCAUUGCCUUCAGAAACAAACAACUUUACGACACAAUGCUGAAAGAAAUCCAUAUUCCAAUUACAUGCAUCAGGGCAGAUGGCGGUAUAUGCAGCAAUCGGUUUGUCAUGCAGCUUACUACAGAUCUGCUCAUGUGUGAUAUCGAGAAACCGAAACGUGUGGAUAUGUCCAGUCUCGGAGCAGCCUUUUUAGCUGGCCUUGCAAUUGGGUACUGGGGCAGCAGAGAAGAACUGAAGACCAUAAGAUCUGUGGAAACGAUUUACAAACCACAAGAUGUGUUACAUCACUAUAAACCCACCGUAGAAAACUGGGAACUAGCUGUACAACGAUCUAUGCACUGGUACAAUAAGACCAAACAGGAGUGAAUUAUUUUCUUUGAAUAAAAGAUGGCACUGACAAGUUUUCUUCUGUAAAUGUUCCAGGUUCAUGUUUGUAUAUGACUCCCAUCGAUCAAGUCUCCUGAUGUAUCUGAAGGGCGAAUUUGAGAAUAUUGUGAGCCUUGUUUUAAGUUUUGUAAUAGAAAUUGUUACGAAAAUACUUGCUAGUUUAAACCAUUUGUGCCUGCAAUACUACAUACUGAAACAAAAUAAUUCCUGUUUCAAGAUAUUUUAAAUGUUUAAAUCCUUCCUGGCACCCUCGCAAGUCAGCUUGCAUAUCUCAGUGGGUAUGAAGAUGAAAAGCUAUCAUUUUGAUGGACUGUAUUGGGAAUAUCUGGCACUGGCACUGCUGACCCUUGAGCUUAUGACCCAUUUAUUGAAAGUCAUGUGCACUAUGACACCCCCCUCCCCCCCCCCCCCCCCCCCCCACACACACACACACACUCUGCUUACCCUGUGUGUUUAGGCGGCUUUAAUCACUGAUCUUUCUGGUACAGAAGAGUCUUCUGAAAAUAUUAAUAGUUUCAUGCCCAGACUAGAAGUUGAAAAUCUAUGUUGUUGAAUUGGAAACAACCUAAUUCAGAAAUUAAUGCAAAGGGGGAGAAAGGAAGUGUUGGUUUCUAUAACAGUUGGCCGGACACAACUUUAAUACACUUCACCAACACUUCUCUGGUGUAAGGUGAUUUGUAACAUCCUAAGACAGUGCAAGACUCUAUUAAAAUGUAAGUCUUUUUUUCUUGUUGGGCAGCAAGUCUAAUCUCUACCUCUAAAUAUUUUAAUCUGGUAUACAUAAUUGUGCUUUAUUACUGCUACCUGAAAUGUAAAAUAUCACAGAAUGGCACUUUCAAAUUACCAAUGUGUGUCUUAUUAAACUUUUUAAUUGUAGUUGCUUACAUACUGAUACAGGUUUCAACUUCCACUUCAAACUGUAAAGUAAUUUAAAUUAAACAAAAAAAAAAUUGAGGUCUUGAAAAUGUUUCUCUGCAGAAUUUCAAUGCAGUGCUCUGGAAAACAUUUAAGAUACAUAAUUUUUUUAAAAAUUGUUCACAUUGCAUUUAUAUUUCUAAAAGUGUCUCAUUUUAACUGGUUAAUGCACCUUCAACAAUCGAAUUCCAGUUGCUUAUGAAGCCAGCACUGUAAUGGUCUUCAACUACUGUACUGCAUUUUAUAGUUUAAUCUUCAUGGAGUUAUGAAAUUUGUUUGAAGCAUUGCUUAACCAUUUCCUCAUGUUCUUGUUACACUAAACACUUCCAGAACAUGGUCAGUAAGGUGGACCUCAGUUCAAUUACAGUCAGUACAUUCCAAUUGAAUCGCUGCUUUCCCUCCUUUAGGAUCUUGUAUUUGGCUCCAGUAAUAGUUGUCUGUAGUAACAGUAAAUGCCGCUGUCUCAUGGGAUGAUGCGGUACGGACUUGCAAAAUUUAUUUUGAGUUGUGCUUGAUUUGAUUGCACUUAGUUCCAUUUGGUGAAGUCAUCAGUUGAGCCAUUCUUCCAGAAUUGAAGAUCAGAGGAGUCAUUCUGGGCUGCUGUUGUGUAGCUGUUAAUUCAAAAACAUCAAACAAGGUCUGCAAACCUACCAUGGUGUCUCUUGGUAGACAGUUUCUGUCUCUUCAUAGAGCCUUGUUACAUCAAAUGUUUUAAGUACAAAGAAUCCUACUCAUAUGUUCCAAUAAGUAAACUAAAGUGACAUCUAUUUGUAUGAACCAAUGUGCAGAGGCAAAGGUAAAUAUGACAGGUGGUGAAUUCUCGCACAUUUUAUUAUUCACUUUGUUUCUGUUCUGAAACUGCUAAUUAAGUACAAGAAUGUAAAAUUUGUUUUCAAGUCAUCAGGAAAUGUUUCCUCUUUCCAUUCAUGGUACUGCUGUGUAGUAAAUCAGAUCCAAAAUAAAUACAGCAAAGCUGCGUCUCCAGUGUUUAAACAUGAAGUGAUCCCCAAAGGAGUAUUAUUUCCAACCUGAGGUUUCCAUCCUUUUUAAAAAGUUAACCUAAUAUUUUAUCAGCAUUUCCAUUAAAAUGAAUACAUUCUAGUUAAAUUGCACAUCUAAUUCACAAAUGCAUGUUUUUUUUAGUUUUAGAAAUGACAUCUAAACUGUGAUCAGCAGAUGUGUUCAAUGUGCUCUAUUGAGAUUGACUUUUUAAAUUUACAGUCACAUUAUUUGUAAGUUACUUUGAAAACCUUCUGCAAUCGAACUUGGGUACUUCAUCCAUCAAACAAAAACGCUAACAAUGAGUUAUUGUUUAAUAAAUAGUGCUAUCUGUCCACCCAUUUUAUUUUAUUAUGCAUUAUUGUGUAAGUAAAAUGUUGGAUAUUUUCAUGAAUUAAAAAAUUAUUAGAA